GCGCGGCCGCGUCGGCCCGGCCCCGCGUCCCCUCCGCGCUGACAGCCUGCCUCUCCUCUCUUCUUUCUUUUUUUUUUUUUUUUUUUUUUUUUUGAAGUGUGACUGAAACAAAACAAAGCAAAAGGGACGCUGGAUCUAUCAUUGGUUGCUUUUCCUCCUCUUUUUUUUAUGAUCCCAAACACCCCCCUCCAGAGCAAACAAACACACACAAAGCAGAGCAGGGGCCGGCCGGCAGCAGCAUGGAUGUCUUGGCUAGUUAUAGUAUAUUCCAGGAACUGCAGCUUGUCCACGACACCGGCUACUUCUCAGCUUUGCCAUCCUUGGAGGAGAACUGGCAGCAGACAUGCCUCGAGUUGGAGCGAUACCUUCAGACUGAACCACGGAAGAUCUCUGAGAGCUUUGGUGAGGACUUGGACUGCUUCCUUCAUGCCUCCUCAGCUCCAGAUGCAGAGGACAGUAUCCGACGGCUGGAUCCCAUUCUUUUGCCGGUGGAGACGAGUAUGUGUGACAAAAGCGCCAACAUGGACAUUAUCCUCUCACGGGACAAGCUGCUGUCUGAGACGUGCCUCAGCUUGCAGCCCACCAGCUCUUCCACAGAAAGCUACACGGCCGUUAACCAGGCCCAACUCAAUGCAGUAACCUCAUUAACACCCCCUUCCUCUCCGGAGCUCAGCCGCCACCUCGUAAAAACCUCACAGACUCUCUCGGCGGUGGAUGGCACAGUGACUUUGAAAUUGGUGGCCAAGAAAUCUUCCCUCAGCUCCAUGAAAGUGAGUGUAGCGGCAGCAACCGCGGGGACAAUAAAGAGCGGGCAAAGUGACAGUGAACAAGGAGGACCAGGACUGGAAGCAUCUCCAGAAAACAAGAAGAGGGUUCACCGCUGUCAAUUUAAUGGGUGCCGGAAGGUUUAUACAAAGAGCUCCCACCUAAAGGCUCACCAGAGGACUCAUACAGGUGAGAAGCCUUACAAGUGCUCGUGGGAAGGGUGCGAGUGGCGUUUUGCACGGAGCGACGAGCUCACGAGGCAUUACAGAAAGCACACGGGUGCAAAGCCCUUUAAAUGCAACCAUUGUGACAGGUGUUUUUCCAGGUCUGAUCACCUUGCCCUCCACAUGAAGAGGCACAUCUAAGUAUCUGUCAGCUUGGCAUGGAUGACAUCUGAGCUAAGUGUUGUGAGAUGAAGUGGAACUCAAGUUAUAAUGUGCUGCCUUGCAAGAGAAGAGAACUCUAUCACAUGUAACCCUCUGUACAGAGACCACACACUCACACUGUCAUACACCCAGUUAUACUUCAAUACAUCCGUUGGUUCUUUAUGCCUUGCCCCAGCUGGAUGGGAGAAGAUGCAGGCGAGGAAAUGCUGUAGAGGUGAAGUCAAUGAGAAGGAACAAUUGCUUACAGUACUUCGUCUCUCUUGGAUUUGUUUCCUGGUUUUGCCAAUGGAAAACAAAGGAAAUGGAGGAGGCUUCCCUGCAGGUGGACGGCAGUAGGAGGGGCUUAUUUAACUUGCUUCUCAGUGCAACUCAGUAGGAGAAAAUGUCGUCUUGAAGUUGCAUAUUUGUAGCACUAACUUUCUUUUUAAAUAGAUGGGGGGAAAACAAUGACCUAGAAAACCAAAUCCCAGUUUGGUAGCCAAAUUAACCUCGUGGUUCAUUUGUUCUUUGUCUGAGGAUUCCUAAUGUUUAAUGCAUCAGACUUUUCACAGACACUUUGACCUGUCUUGGUUUUUGUUCUUCUUCCUAGAACUGAGCUAUUGAGAUUCAUUUAAGUCAAUACCAGUAGCCUUAAUGGCAGUAGACUGUGGAGUGACACUUGUUACACAAAUAUCCUCUCUUUGGCCUGAGUUUAUGUAGACUUCACGGAGGACUAUAUUUUGGUUUUGUUCUUGUUUUUGUUUUAAUUUUUGUUUUGGCUAUUGCACAACAUAUGCACUAGGGACUCUGGAAGCUGCUGCCAUGAUGGCUAAGUGGCCAAGGGAUAAACUUUGAGAAACAGUAUCUAAUAUCUCUGUAGGCCUCACCUUAUUGCCAUAGCUAGAACUUCUUGUUUAUUUGUUGAAUGAAAACUUUAAAAGCUUAUUUGGAAGCUUAAACCUUUUUUUUCCCUCUUUUCUCUACGAACAAGUGAUCUUCAGAACUCCUUGUCUGCACCUGGAUAUCGGUCUGGGACUGGCCACACAGGCAUGACUACGGGAUUCCUUCCACAUCAUGUGAGCAUGUUAGCCACAACUCACAGUGACUUAGUGAUGAAUUAUGUUGCUUUGUCUCGCAGUUCUUCUAAUAACCAAUUUAAAACAUUAGACUUUUGUUUGCGUAAAGAGCACCUGCAGACAUUUUAAUUUAAACUUGAUGUUUUUCGAACAUCUUACACACUCACAUACAAACAAGCCAAAAAUCCUGCUCCAGUCUCUGAGUGGGAAAUAAAGAACUUCUUCCAAGUACAAUGGCUUCAUUCAGCAUUAGCCUUUUAAAGAAAUUAUGAAAGUCCUCCUUUUCCAUUCAUCAAGUUGAUGCUGUAGCCUGCUCCUAUGUGUAACAGUGUAAACAGUGAAGGAAGGGUUGGGUUUUACGUACAGCAAUGAGACUUUUCUGAAUGAUUGAUCUAAAGUGCUGAUAACCUUGAGGCCCAUUUUGGCCUACUGUGUGAACCAUCAAGGGAAAGUGAAGGUCUCAUGCUCGCCCUUCAGUUCUAUUGGUAAUUUGAUUUUGUUGGGCACAAAGAGGAUUAAAGUCUUUGUUACAAAACAAACAAAAAAGCAUCUUACGGUAACUCAUGUUUGAAACUAUUUGGCGCUGGCCCUGACUCCAAAGACUGCAUUUAGGACCAUAAAGAUGGCUUGUGCAAGCAGGCGUGUGGUCAUUAGAUUGUAUACUUUGUAUGUUCUGGGACCAUCUCUAAAGGAUGACUAAAAAUUAAACAAAAUGGUGCAUGGUCCACAAAUGGUUGCUGCUCUUUUAUACUGUAUUAGCCAGCUGCCCUUCUUUGACUGUUUUGACACAUUGACUGUUAAAUAUUUCCCUUAAUUCAUGUUUUAGGAGUUGAAACUGUGCUCUUGGGGAAAAAGAACAAACAAGAAACUCAAUAGAUGUUUAAGAGCUGUCAUCGGGAUCCUUGGCACUUGAAUUCUCAGAAUUUUGCAACCUUUGGUUCCAGUGAGAGAUUGAAUUUACUCAAAAGAUGCUGGUUUUCCUCACAGUUCUUGCAAAGCACUGUGACUGUCAACUGAAUGCUUUUGGGACAGGAGGGAAAUACAAUGUCUGGCCCGUAUGGCAUGAAAUAUGGACCAAAAUCUAACCAUCUUUUAGGGGCAAUGAUGUAACAUUCAUGAUAAGAGAGGGAGAGAGAGAGAGCAAAAGUGAGUGAGAGGAAAAGAAAGGUAGAAGAAGAGAAAGAAAGAAAAUUGAGUUUAUUCCAAAGAUUUAAAACUAACCAUGCUAUGUAUACGUAUGUGGAGCACUGCUUGCUGACAAUCUUGUAUUUCUCUGCUUCUGUGUUUGCAUACUUUUUAUGACCAUUCCAUCCAGCUGUUCUACUGGGACUGAGGGCCCUAGCAUUCAAUUUGUAUUGGAAUAUAUGGAGCAUCCUGCCAGAUGUCUAAUGGAAACUGAAACCGCAGCUGUGUGAAACCGUAGAACAUCCAGUCAGUGCAUUACAUUAGAAAAAGGUUAACAGAAUCCUAGAAUUUCAUUACUGUAGCAUCCUAAAGUAUAUGCUCUCAAACUCACUGCUAUGGUACUCUUUGGCUGUGAACCUGCAUAAAUAUCUUUCCUUGACCUCUGAACACACCUGCCUUUAGACAUGCUAACAGUAGCCUACAAAUCAUAGUUAUUAAGUGUCAGUUUAAGUACCAGUUAUUCCAGUUUUCAUUUGUGGUCUUGUUGAUGUCUCAUUUAAAUAUGGCAGAACAAGGGCCCCAUGGGAAACAAACAAACAUGCUGAAAUGUAUGAUUAUUUUGUUCUGAAGACAUGCUUACAAUUUAAAUCCUGGGUCUAUCUAGCUAUAAAAACAUAGAAGAAAAGAGGAUAACAGACUUAACCAGAUUUUAGACUUAACAGGCUCUUUCUGCUGCAGGUCUUGAACUCUGAAGCCAAAUUUGGGGCUUUGAGACCAUCUUUUCUGUUUCUUAAGGGAGGUGUUUUUCACAAGUGUGUUGUGUAUUCUGUCUGUCUCUGCACUUCAGUUCUUGGGUUCUCUUUUGCAAGUGUCUUAAUCAUUACUGAAAUUUCAAACCUUAACUUGUAUUUUGUAGGAGUCUCCAUUUUGGAAAGGCACAUUCCAGGAGUCAUUUUUUACAAUGACAGCUUUUCUUUCCUUGCAGAUAUUUCAAGCUGUACACUUCAAACCUGAGUAAUGCAUUAUAGCUAGAUCCUUUUUGGACUGUAUCCCCUUGCUAAAGUUGUACAGAUGUUCUCUAUUUAGAAAUUGUGAGUAGAAAUAGGCUAAUAAGGAAAGGAAAAUCCAUUCUAUAGGUCUUCUUUGGAAGCAAAACCAUAAAUAGAUGAUUUGGUAAUGGCAGAACGGCAGCCAGGUCUUUCUGGCUUUUCUGAAGAAAUUCAAAUGUGAUUUCCAAGGCCGUGGAGCUGUAGAAUGAGAACAAAUUGAGACAAAUAUCACGGAAAAUAGUAUGCAUGGAAGAAAUGUCCCUUUUUGUGAUAGUAAAUAGCAUUUUGGAGCAGAGCAUAGAAUCAAUCAUAGGAGAAUGCAGGUGGGAGGGGAGCUCCAGAGGCCAUCUCGGCCAACCUUUACCUAGAGCUGGGUGCUCAGGGCUGUGUCCAGUCAAUUUUUCAAUGCUACCAAGGAUGGAAAUUUUGCAGCUACUCUGUAUAGGCCGGUCUGGUUUUUGACCACUUAAAUGUUUAAAAACAAACAAAAACGAUUGAAAGAUAAAUCUGUAUGUCAAGUAGGAAUUUCCCAUGUUCCGACUUGUUUGCUGUCUCUUCUACUGUGCACUGAUAUGAAGAGUCUGGCUUCGUUUUCUCCACCAUCUCUGUAGGGUGUUUGUAAACAGCAAUAAGAUCUACCCUUUUCCUAAGAUUUAACUCUGUCCACAGCCUCUGUUCGACUGUCAUGCGCUCUGGCUCCUGAUCUCCUGGGUGGAGCUCUGCUAGACUUGCUUCAGUAUCUCAUUAAUUUUCUUGUAAGGGGAGACCAAAGCUGGACAGAAUAUUCUGGAUGAAGAUGUGCUUUAUAUGUAACAGUGUUGAAAAAUCAUUUUGAAAGUACCAGUAUCAAGAUUUUUCUAAUCAGAUUUACUAAAUUUAUUAAUUAUGUUUAUGGAAAUACAUUUUUUAUACUGCCAGAUUGAGGCCUGGCAAGCAAAAAUCUGUCUUUUCUAACACAAUCAUCACUUUUUUUUAUCUUAAACUGGAAAAAUGUUAUCACUAGUAUCAAACACGGAGACAUAUAUUUUAGUCACUUUUUAGAACAAAGCAACACUUCAGUGCAUCUUUGCGCUGCUGUUUUUUCCCCCUUAGGAGAAAAGCAACCUAAAACAUCAUGGGUAUUUUAUAAAGAGUAGUUUAACAGGUUUAGAGAGUCAGUUAUUUUUCAUUGUCUCAGAAUUUCUCUCUUUCAAGAGCCAGCAUUCAGUCUAGAAAAUUAGUUCACCUGGAUAGACUAGGCAAAGGAACAAAAGAAAUCCUAUUUCCAGGACUGAAAUCCUGCAUUUAUUCAGUGUCUUGGACAAAGCCCUGAGCGUUCUGAUUUAAGUGAACUGUUUUUUAAGUUGAGGGUAAGAUUAACUAACCUCCAGAGGUACCUUCCAACAUUAAUAUUUUUUUUGUUUCUGUGAUUCAUAUCAGAGCCCUCUGUAAUUAAAUGUGUACUGGUUAUAGCUCUUCUUAGUCUUGCUCCGGCAGAGCAAACUGUAGAAUGGGCCUGUAGGAUUUUUCUCAAACUCUGAUAGUUUAAUCCUUAUUACCUUUGUUUCUUCAUGAGGAAGAUGGAAAAAAAAUCUUGAAGCAGCAAAAAACAACUUAGCAAAGCAGUUUGAAGGAAUAUCUUAUCGUGAGAUGUGUCACAGCUGCAGGGACCAACCAAAGAUUGUGGAAACAGAUUUACUAGCCUGGAAGACCCAUGUUAUGUCUCCAAAAUGAUUCCCAGUACCUGAAAUCUCUGCCAACUUUUAUUUCUAUAGAAGUGAAUAAUAAAACCUUUUCUUCCUUUUCCAUUGUUACUUGCCUCAGAUAUUUUGGAUUUGGGUUUGCUGUAUUAUUAAAAUACCACAUUUUCACUUAAUACCCAGAAAACAUUGACCAAACAUGAUCAGACAGAAGAACCUAAAUGCGAGAAAAGCCUCCAGUCCCUUGAUUUUUGGAACUGUUUUACCUUCAGGUCUGAAAAAGGAUAAUCACAAAGGUUGUGGCUAAAAUGGAGUUGGGUAAUUGCAGUGAUUGAGUGUAUUUUAUCUAUGACCUUUUUGAUAUUUACAGAAUCAGGCUUUCUUCUUCAUUUUAUCUGACUUGAGACACUUUGGGCUUUUUUAGCCGUCUCUAACACAAAGGUUCCUCCUAUUUAACAAACUUCAUUUGUCUGUGUACAGAAGAGGUCAUAAUUGGUGCUUUUGGCAAAACUGAUGAAAGUCCAACUGUCUUAAGGGUUUCCUUUUGUCUCUCUUUUCCUUAAGGUAUCAAAAUCUUUAAAUUUAGAAAAAAAAAAAAAAAGAGGAUCAUUUUUACGUAAUUUAAUGUUACCUGGUUAGCAUCCAGUUAAUCAAGGGCUUUUAUUCUUGGUUUUAUUCAGGACAUAGCACAUCUAGACAUUCCAUCUAGCAAGACUGUUUUUUAGCUUUUGUAUUUCUAGGUGACGCCUUUAACCCAACACUUUUUGAAGUACUUUUUGCUGAUUUCAGAUAGAGUUGCACUUGCAAAGGUCAUCGCAUAUCAAGAACAAUAACAGUGCUUGACUAACUCUGUGGUUUUGGCUUGAAAAGUAAAAAUUAUUUCCUCCCAAGAUUUUACAGAUGCUCAUAGACAAAUCUUGCCUGUCUUUCAUGCACAUAAAGUCUACACCUUAUUGAAUGAUUAUUUCCAGAUCACGCCUGGAUACUUUUCUUCCUUGUGGCACGUUUGCAUCUGUUUUUGUUGAUAGUUUAGAGUCAGUUACUGCAGUCUUCCUCCUCCACAGAUCUACACUGGCUUCAACAGCAAGAUUUAGCAUCACAAGAACCGAAGGGCCUGUCCUACUGGGUUUUAAGAUCUGUCUCAUAAAGCUGAGACUUUCCUCCUCCCUUAGAGGAAGAGGUCCAAGACAUACUUGUACUAUAUAAGUUAUAUAUAUAAUGAUGUAGUUGUAUAUAUAAGUUAUAUAUAUAAAAAUGUGGAGAUGGUGGGGUAGGCUGCCUUUAUCACCUCAAAGAUGAGUUUCCCUACCAGAAAGCUUUCAAAUGCAGGUGUCAUUUUCAAACAGGGUUUUGUAGUUUUCCUUAUGCUUGUUAAUGGUAUUUUUGGUGUGAUAAUUGAAGUGGAAACUCUUCACAAUUUUCCAAAUGAAAGCUUUGAUGAUUUUUUUUAAGUGCUUUGGUCCUGACUUCUAUAUACUGCCAGAAAACAGGUUCUCUAUCUCUGUGUGUGGCAGUACAACAGUCUACUGUAUACACCUACACAGAAGAGGAAACUGAGCUACUGAUUUACAGUGUGUAGUAGCCAACCGUGCCUAUUGCUUUGAUUUAGGGAGGGCACCUACUAUUGUCACUGCAUUUUAGGAAUCAUUUCAGCUUUUGUAGGAAAGUUUUCAACGAUUCGGGGAAAUACAUGUUGCUGUGUACUGUGAAUGAUAGGCUGCAAACUGGGGAUUGGGAGGGGAGGUAGGAAGGGAGGGAGAUGUGGGCUUAGCAUGUACACACUGAAAAUGAACUAGAAUGGACAGAAAGGUGACAAUUUUAGCCUUUAUUACUGGGCUUCUUCGGGAAAUAAAAAAAGCUAAUUUGCAGUCCCUGAAAGGCCUGUUGGCUGAAGGGUUGAUCUUUAUGUUUUGGAACAUGCAUUUUCCUAUCUCACUGUAUUUUAAAAACCAGGCCUGUCAGAAUCUGGAAGUAGAUCAAAACACUGGUUUGCACACUGCUUUGUUACCAAGGCCAUGUCUCUACCGGGGAAGUUGCUCUAUAUUGAAACAUCAGUCUAGUUAAGAUCACUUUGUAGACGUACCCAGUACUCGUUUGCCUAGACUGUAUUUGCAUUGGCAUCUUAUGCAGUUAAGCAAAAGUGUAAGAAACGAUUAAACCAGUUAAGAUACAAGAAGGUUCUUGCACCAGUUUAAGUGUAUGGUUUUGUAGUCGCUGCAUAUAAACCAUGACAGCUUUUCUCUUAGAAACAAGGCCUUAGUUUUGCAUGUCUGCUCAUCUGAAUUGGAAAAAUAAUAAUGCAGGCUGUGAAUUUUUUUAUUGCUUUGCAAAAUGGCCUGUGUUCUUACUUAUCCUUUAAAACCUUUCUUUCUCUCUACUUCACAUUAGAUUUUUGUUUGGGGGAUUUUUUUUAGUAACAACAAUAAAAAGUAUGAAUGCUCCUGAUUUAAAAAUAAAUAAAUAUAUAUAUAUAUUGCUUGAAGGACUUUCAUUUUGCACUAUAUUUUUUCUUUUACCAGAUGUGUCUGACAAGUGCAUUUUGGAGAUGCCCUCGGUCACGUUCUCUCAGGCCAACUCUGGUAUUUCUAAUAUAUCACAGAAGUACCCAAUCUUGUAGCCCUCAGUUCUGCCUUUUUUUGACAUUUUAUUUUUUUUAGGCUUUUUAUAUAUAUAUAUAUAUAUAUUACUUUGUCAGUUUUUUUGCUGUACAAAAGUCUUAAGAUUUAAAAAUAUUAUUUGUAUUAUAUGAUGGUGGUAUGUUAAUGUUACAAAAUUAUUAAUGAAGAAAAAAUUUAUUUUUGUUACUGGUCUGUUUCAUAAUUCUUUUUUAAAUUGGUAUAUUGUAAGAUAUCUAUGCAAAAAUGUUAUGUGACGCAUUUUUAUUUAAGAAUGUAAUAUGUGUAAUAAACAGUAGAAUGUGUUUGGCCCAACAA